AUGAAGAGGAUGCGGGAGCCCUCUGAGAAAUCCAAGAAGGCGAAGAAAGCUAAGCUGGGAGAAUCCUCUAGAUUAAGACCCCCAGUUCCUCUGGUUGGCUCUCCAGUUUCAGAAGCAGAAAUGCUGAAUGAAAGCACCUCACCAUCAUCAUCACCAUAUCCUCAAUCCCCACCUUACUACGAACUCUCCUAUGAUACCGAACCAUCUGACCCCCAAUCCCCCACUCCGGCUCAGCUCCAAGCCCGUGCUCUGGCAUCUCAACAACCAUCACAUCCUGAACCUGAACCAGAAGUCACUUCCCCACCUCCGGAACGUCCAAAUCCAACCACAUCUGAACCACCUCAAACACCACCUGCACACCAAUCAACCCACUAUGAACCACAACCAACUGACUCUGAACCACAACUAACCCAACCACCAUCUGAACCAACCCCACAACCUGAACUAUCCUCACAGACCCACUCUAUCAUACCACCACCCAUCACUUCCGCUGACCCAACAACUCCCACAGUUAAUCUAAGUGCCAUAAACUCACCCUCCUCACCCUCCCCAGCCUCUGCCAUUGAACCAGAAACUACCUUUCCUACCCUUGAAGAAGCAAUAUAG